UGCGUAACAGGCGAGAUUGUUUUAUACUGAGCAUGGAAAACAUACAUGUGGCAAGAACUUAUUUUUUUGGCGCCAUUGUGAUUUGGACAUCAGUGUGUAUCACAGGUACAUGGCAAGGAGAAUAUCAAAGAAAGUUAUAUAGUGAUUUAUUGUCCAACUACAAUCAUCUCGAAAGGCCAGUCCAGAAUGACUCUGCAGCCAUAGAGGUCCGGCUGGGCAUCACGCUGCUGCAGAUCAUCGAUGUGGAUGAAAAGAAUCAGGUGCUGAUCACAAACGCCUGGUUGGAAUUGUCCUGGACUGAUGCCUAUCUGAAAUGGAAUCCUGCAGAUUAUCCUGGAGUGGACAAUUUGCGCUUUCCUUCCAAUAAGAUUUGGGUUCCAGAUAUCCUCCUUUAUAACAGCGCCAGCCAAGUCAAUGCAGACGAGAGGUUUGAUGCAACAUUCCACACCAAUGUUUUGGUCAGUGAUACAGGCGCUUGCCAGUACAUCCCACCAGGAAUUUUGAAGAGCACGUGCUACAUUGAUGUGCGUUGGUUCCCAUUUGAUGUUCAGAAAUGUGAUCUGAAGUUUGGCUCCUGGACAUACAGUGGCUGGUUGCUAAAUUUGCAGCUGGGUUCUGUGGACAUCUCAAACUACAUUCCCAAUGGCGAGUGGGAUCUAGUUGGUGUCCCUGCAAAGCGCAAUGAGCGGAUCUAUGACUGCUGUGCUGAACCAUAUCCUGAUGUGACAUUCACAGUCACGAUGCGUAGAAGGACACUCUACUAUGGCCUAAACUUGCUAAUUCCUUGUGUGCUUCUCUCAGGCCUCGCUCUGUUGGUGUUUCUAUUGCCAGCAGACUCUGGGGAGAAGAUAUCACUAGGCAUCACUGUGCUACUGUCUCUUACUGUCUUCAUGCUGCUGGUGGCAGAGAUCAUGCCUGCCACAUCAGACUCUGUCCCCCUCAUAGCGCAGUACUUUGCCAGCACCAUGGUGAUUGUCGGGCUCUCUGUGGUUGUCACUGUGUUGGUGCUUCAAUUUCACCAUCAUGACCCGCAGGCAGGAAAGAUGCCAAAAUGGGUACGAGUAUUGUUAUUGAAUUGGUGUGCCUGGUUCCUGCGAAUGAAGAAGCCUGGUGCCCCGCGUGGUGUUGCGGGUAGAGGAGGUGUGUUGAAGUGCACCCCCACUUCCCCUCCUCUACCCAGCGCCAGCAGCAUCCCCAUGGGGGCUGUCCCAGGUCAGCCAGCAGGCACAAACGGCCACAUGCACCUCUACUUUGGGUACCAUGCCAUGGACGAGGCGGGCUGCCCGGCCAGCAGUGACUCAGGGGUCGUGUGUGGACCUGCUGGUGGAUCCCCGCAAGAGGAACAGGAGACCCCCGACAACCUGGGCCAAAAAUCUCAUGAACUUCAGCGCAUCCUUGAGGAGGUGUCUUACAUUGCCCACCGGUUCCGAGAGCAGGAUGAGGGUGAGGUGGUGUGCAGUGAGUGGAAGUUUGCAGCCGCUGUGGUGGACCGCCUGUGCUUGGUGGCCUUCUCCCUCUUCUCCAUCAUCUGCACCUUCUCCAUCCUCAUGUCUGCACCAAACUUCAUGGAGGCCGUCUCCAAGGACUUCACUUAACUCGGCCACAUCCUAUUUGUGCUCUGCAUAAUGUUUUUUUCUCAUGUCUCACUGUGUGUGUGUGUAUGUGCGUGUGUGUGUGUGUGUGUGUGUGUGUGUGUGUGUGUGUGUGUGUGUGUGUGUAUGUGUGUGAGUGUGAGUGUGAGAGUUUGUGUUUGUGUUUCUCUCUCUCUCUCUCUCUCUCUCUCUCUCUCUCUCUCUCUCUCUCUCUCUCUCU